GACGUCACCGUCCUACAGUUCGCGCUGACCCUCGAGCAUCUGGAGAGCGCGUUUUACCACGGGGCGCUGGAGAAGUUCGACGCGAAUGCGUUCGCGAGCGCGGGAUUCCCGACCUGGGUUCGCGAGCGGUACGAGCAGAUCGCAGGCCAUGAGGCGUCGCAUGUCGCGUUCCUGACGAAGGCCAUUGGGGACAACGCGACCAAGCCGUGCACAUACAGCUUCCCGUACACGGACCCCAAGAGCUUUGCGGCUUUGAGUUUGUCAAUUGAGGGGGUCGGAACUGCUGCGUACACCGGAGCAGCGCAUUUGCUGUCCAAUCCGGAUGACCUCAAUGCUGCCGGUUCCAUUCUAGCUACAGAGGCUCGCCAGACCAGUUGGAUCCAUGCCGCAGUGAACAAGGGCGAGCCGUGGUCGGGCGCGUACCAGACGCCGCUCACGCCUUCCGGCGCGUACUCUUUGGCUUCUCCGUUUAUCAAGUCGUGCCCCGAGAGCAACCCUCCUCUGCCUGUAAAGGCAUUCCCUGGCCUGACCAUUAGUCCCUCGAUGCCCAAGGCAGGAUCUACGAUCAAAGUCGCCGUCGACAAGUUCGACACCGUUGGCAUGUUCAUGGCAUACUACAGCGGCCUAUCCGUCCUAUCCUCGGAGAUUCAGAACGGCGAGACGGUGAUUCCAGAGGGGUUGCAGGGAGUAGUAUUCGCGGGCGUUGUGUCUGAGAAAUCGACACAGGACAAGACGCCUACCGAUGAGACUAUGAAGAGCGGGUUGGUGGCUAUUGAUUUCGGGCUGCCUGCUGAUGCGAAGGAUACGUCGCCGAUGUAA